AUGAGUACGAAAUAAAAUAACUCAGAAGUCGCCGUAGACAAAGUUACGGAAAACAAUGACAAGGCUGGAGGUGAUGUAAAAGCAGAAGUUAAAGGAACAAAAAGGCUAGCAGAGGACAAAGUUGACGAUGUCAAAAAAGCCAAAAAAGAAGAAAACGGCGAAGAAGAAGAGUUAGACGAUGAGGAGGAUGUUGAAGGGGAGGAGGAGGAUGAGGAGGAGGAAUUACCUGAAGGAGAAGAGGACCUAGGCGAAGAAGAAGAGGAUUUGGACAGUCAUGAGGUCAUAGUAUUGAGUCAGUGUACACUCGCACAUUGCAUCAUCACUAUAACUCCAUCGCACAGGCUCCAACUUGCAUCUAGUGACACCUGUUCUCAAACGAUUCAGGGACUUCCAAGUAGUGUGGGACAGAUGGAAACCGGCAGCUCCUUCCCCACUCAGUUCCAUGAUUGGUUCAGGAACUUCCCAACUCAACAAAGCAAGUCGCCAAACUCCUUAGUGUUACCGUCAGCUCGCUAG